GGCUGCAGUUAGUAAACUGUCAGGGGGAAGAGGAACCUCUUGUUGGUUCUCCCUGAGGUGGUGCUGUAAAAUUUUGUUCAGUCACUCACACACUCAUUCUCUGCACUAAAGCAAGUACGGCAAUCUGUUAAUUUUAGGGAUGGAGGAAGAAAUCUGUUAUUCUACGGUUGUUUUUAAAAAUGCUGAUACAGCUCCAAAAGAGAAAAAAGAGGACCCAACAAUUUAUUCUGAGGUGAAACCUAAAGUGACAGCUGCUACUGUACCAAAAGCAGAUGGUGAAGCAGCUGCAUGCUCUCACUUUCGUGUGUUGGCGGUGUGUUUGGGGAUACUCUGCCUCCUCCUGGUGGCGGGCAUCAGUGCCAUCAUCUACAUCAGUGUGGUAAUAAACAAACAGAAAGUCAAUCUCAGCGAACUCAAGGCCCAAAAUCAGCAGCUGAACACGGAGCGGAGCAUCUUACAGAGAGAGACAGAGGAGCUGAGCAGAGUCACAGACAAUUUCAGCUGGACGCUGGGAGUCAUCCUGAAGUUUGACACCUUUCCAGUAAACGAAUACUGCCCAAAUAAAGAGUGUCAGCCGUGUCGGAAAGACUGGAUUCUGUUUCAGGAAAAGUGCUACCUGUUUUACAAUAAAAAGUAUCCAUGGAAGACAUGGCAAGAGAGCCGAGAGUACUGCCAGAAGACAGCUGCAGAUCUGGUUGUAGUUGAUAGCCUCGCUGAGCAGAAAUUCAUCAGUACUCAAAUCAAGUACUACUACGACAAGUUUCAUGGAUACUGGAUCGGGUUAUAUGAAAACAAAGACAAAAACUGGGUCUGGCUUGAUGGACAUAACGACACUCUACAGUUCUGGAUGCUGGAGCAACUUGGUACCCCUGGUCCAUGCGCACUGAUGAUCCCCAGGAGCAGUGAUACAGCCAACUGGGACCCAGCAGAGAGUAUAAUGCAAAACAAAUUUGUCUGUGAGAGCGAUGUUCUGAUAAGGUCUAAUUAGCAUUACUAACAUAUUCUUUCUCCUCGUGUUGCAUCCAAAACUACAUCUCAGUUUAAAAGAUAUCAAUAUAAAGCAAUAAUAGGCUAUAUUAACAGAUCUUCAAAUAGCUUUAAGACGAUUUGUGUUUUCAUUAUUGUGUCUUCUUGAAAUUUGUCAGAUGUCUUUUUGAAUAGAUGUCCAGUUUGCCUGAAGGUGUGAAAGGUGAAGACCUAACAAAUGAUGACGAAUCAGACUAUAUCUUCUACAGUUGUUAGUAUUCACUCUCAGAUGAGCAGCCAAAUCCUGUAAAAACUAAUGAUUUCUAGAGUUUAGGAGUCACAGAAUAUACACAAAAAGCCCAGCCUAGCUGAUUCACUGUGGGCAAUUUAAUCAUCUAUCAGUGUAAUCAAAUUUAAAUGACGGCAGCUAGACAUAAGUGACUUUUAAUGGGAAGAUAAUGUGCAUUAUAUUCAAAUAUCACUGUAAUUCAAUGUAGUAUUACUGACUUAAAAGAAUAUAAGUCAAAGAAACUUUUACAUUCUGGUAAAUUAUCCAUUAAUUAUCCUGAUGGUACUCCUCUUGAGGAAAUAGAUCGAUUCAAAUAUCUUGGUGUCUGGCUUGAUUCUCAACUUACCUUUAAAGUACACAUUGACUCAGUUAUUAAGAAAAUAAACUGCAGCUUGGGUUUACUGUAUCGCUCAAUAAACUGCUUCACUCUACAGAUUAGGAAAAAGAUUGUUACACAGCUUAUUCUCCCUAUACUCGAUUAUGCAGAUAUUGUAUAUCAGAACACUUCAGAAACCAACUUAUCCUCUACACAACAACAACCUUUGCAGAUUUAGUCUAAGAUGUCCAUUCAGAACUCAUCAUUGCACUACGUAUCAUUCUCUAAAUUGGUUAACACCUGAGUCCAGAAGACAAUUUCAUUGGCUGCAGUUUAUUUUCAAAUGUAUUUAUUAUAAUUACCCCCCGUACUUAAAACAAUAUUUGAUCCCAUACAGCUCACAGCAUUAUUUACGCCAUACUGACAGUUGUUUUUUCUUUGUUCCGAGAAUCCAGAAGGAAAUUGGCCGAUUUUCCUCUCAGUUUAAAGCUCCAUCAGACUGGAAUACUUUGCCUAAUUUUUUAAAAUCUAUCACCUCUUUUCAUCUCUUCAAGAAAUCCCUCUUUAUUCAUUUACAAAAACCCUGUUUAUGUUUCUGACAAAUAUUGAUAAAUAUCUGUGGUGAACUGUGGAAAAUGACAUCUUCCUGACGAUGAAUGUAUUGUAUGUGAUG